AUAAUCAUGGACGGUCCUCGACCUUUGCACUAAGCUUCCCUAAACCCCCUCACCUUUCAAAAACUUCACUAAACCCCCUGACCUUUAUGGCGGCGCCAUUCACGGCCCUUCUGAAAAAAAAAAACACAAAAUCGCGGCGCCGCCAACGAUUUAAUCGUUUGCAUGCGUUUUCCUCGCCACCUGUCGACCCACGUGACCUGUCCUCUGUCAGUUGCAACAGUCCCUCUCUCUGACAUGCCGGUUGACUUUUCAAAUUUUAAAAUAAAAAAAAAAAUUAACCGCUCGGUAACUUUUAUCUCUCUUUCAUCUUCUUUCUGACAUACUCUUUCAUCCUUCUCUUCUCUUCCCUUUUUUCUUCUGAAACUCAUUCUCUUCCCUUUUUUCUUCUGAAACUCUCAUUUUCACACCGCCAUUGUCUCGUCGAUUGCCUGUUCAUCUUCCGUGCUUUCUGUGUUUUUGCAUUGUGAAGAAGAAAAAAUAACGAAGGAACAAAACAUAAAUUUAGAGUUUUUAUAGUGAAAGAAUUACAAAAAUGAGAAAGAAAGGAAAAGGAAAAUCAAAGGAAAGAGAACGAACGGGACCACCUGGAACUGCUGGAUGGGGUUUAAUGGAUGAGAGCGAUAGUGACGAAGUGGUGGAAGUGUCACCAGGUUUUGAAUUUUUUCAAAUCAACCUUCACAUUAAUGGGUCAUUGGGGGAAUGGGGUUACCAUGAUGGGGAAGUGUCCACCGGCGUUUAUUCUGUGUCUGGUAUGACUAUGAAGAAAUUAGAUAGAUGGAUGAAAAGAGAAAAAGUUGAGGGCUUAGUUGAUUAUUACUGGAAAGAAAAAGACAAGGAAUUUCAUGAUUGGAUUAGACCGAUAAAUCACGACGAUGAUGCUAUGGAAAUGGCAAGUGCUGGGAAGAGGGACGGAGAAGUGGAUGUCUAUGUUAGGAAACUGACCGUUAAAGACAUUGAGGCUUUAGUCCCUCCGCCCCCCUCGCCCCCACAUGUUGUAAUUGAGGAGAUACCAAAUCCCAAAGAUUUAGCUUAUGUGUAUCCCACUCCCGUGAAAAAAGUAAGGGGUAAACCAUUGGCUACCAAGGCUGGUGGGAGUAAACCACUGGGUACCAAGGCUGUUGGUGAAGGUCCUUCAGAAAGUGGGGGGUCAUGGAUGAGUCCAUAUGUAAGUGAAUAUGUAAGUGAAGGGGCUUCUAUGGUCCAGGGAAAUACGCAGGCUCAGGGGAAUGAAGGGGCAGAUUUUUUGGGACAAACUGACACUGGGAAUGAUGAGGUUGCUGGUGAGCGGGCAAAUGAAGAGGCAAGCGUUCAGAUGACUGAUGAAGAUUGCCAUGAUAAGGGGGAUGGGGCUGCUGAAGAUUGCCAACUUAUUGGAGCUGAGGCUGGGGCUGUGGAUGGGGCUGAAGCUGAUGCUGGGGCUAUGGAUGGGGCUGAGGCUGAGGCUAUGGAUGGGGCUGAGGCUGAGGAUAUGGAUGUGGCUAUGGAUUUGGCUGAGGCUGAGGCUGGGGCUGCUGAAGAUUGGCAAGUGAAUGGGGUUGAGGCUGGGGCUAGUGAACAGCAUGGGCCACAAGAGGAAGAAGUUCCAAUUCAGGGGCCACAUGAGGAAGCUCAGGAUUUGGGGGCUGACGAUGGGCCGCACAUGGAUGAGGUUGAGGGGCUGCAUGAUAAGGGUCCUACUCAACAAACUCAAGAUGUGGACUUCGACAAUUUCUUCCAGACCCAACAUCAGCCCCCUUUUGAGGGUUUAUUUGAGGACCAGAACAGGGAAAUACCGCAAAGGCAAAGUGAAGACCAGCCACCGAUGCCCACUGAAGAAGAGCUUCAUCAUUCACAUGAAUGGGUUGAAGUUGAAGAUUGGGAUGAUGAUCUAGAUGAGUACAUUGUGGAUCCUGAUUAUGACAUCUUGGAUGGUGAUGAAGAUUUGACUACCGAGUUGAGGUCAAACGGUCAGUUGCCUGAAGAGAAUGAAGAGAAUGAACAGGAUGAAGAGAACGAAGAGAAUAUUGGUGCUUCGCAGAACAGGGCUGGUGGGAGACCCAAAGGUAAAGCCCAAUUUGAGUCUGGUGGUGUUGACAGAACAAUUCACCAGGACACUGUGGGUGGUGAUUCAGAGUACGUAGAGUCUGAUGGAAAUAGAUCUAUUUCAGAUUCAGAAGAAGAGGGGGGGGAGGAUUUUAAUGUGUUUGAUGAAGACCACGACCAUGAGGGUCCAACUUUCUCUAUUGGAAUGUUGUUCACUGACAGGGAGCAGUUUAAGAAGGCCUGCCGUGAGUGGGGGAUACACCACAGGUACCAACUGCACUUCCCUGUAAAUGAGAUAACAAGGGUGAGGGCAAAGUGCUACUCAAAGAGCAAAUGUAAGUUCUACGUGUUUGCCUCAAAGCUGCACCUCAAAGAUCCCAAUGACAACACAUUCCGAGUGAAGACCCUUGAUCUGCGCCAUACAUGUCCUAAAGUGAGCAAAAACUUCCACCUGACUAGUGCAGUCCUCGCCGACAAGUACUUAGAAGAAUUUAGAAACGAUCCUGAAUAUAAGUCUGAAGUGUUUGUGAAGAAGAUUCAGACGGACCUAAAACAAUCAAUAAGCAUUCAGCAGGCAAGAAGAGCAAGAAGGGCAGCAUUGGACAAAUUGGAGGGUGAUGAAGACCGGCAAUAUGAGAAGCUGUAUGACUAUAAGAGGGAGGUUUUGAGAACCAACCCAGGCAGCACGGUGGAGUUUAAAGAAGCAAGGGGGAAGUUCCAGGGAAUGUAUGUAUGUUUUGAUGGGUUGAAGCAGGCCUUCGUGAAUGGGAUGAGACAGAUUGUCUGUCUGGAUGGGUGCUGGUUGAAGGGUAAAUACGGUGGUCAACUUCUUUCUGCAACAGGGAUUGAUCCAAACGACUGUAUGUACCCCUUAGCAUAUGCCUGGGUUAAAACGGAGAACACGGAGACCUGGAUGUGGUUUAUUGGGCUACUAUCAGUUGAUCUGCACCUUACGAAUGCCGCUGUUUUCAUGUCCGAUAAACAAAAGGGUUUGUUGAAUGCUGUGAAGGAGUUGUUCCCAUAUUCAGAGCAUCGAUUUUGCUGGAGGCAUUUGUGGGCCAAUUUCAGGAGCACAUUUCACACGCAACACAUGAAGCCCUUCAUCUGGAACAUUGGAACAGCAACAUACAAAGCAGCCAUGGAUAGAGCAAUGAAAGCUCUGGAAGACAAACAUGACGCUGGCUACAAAUGGAUCAAAGAGAGGGACAGGAAACACUGGUGUAGAGCGCUGUUCAAAGAGGAAGUUAAGUGUGAUAUCCUCCUAAACAACCUGGCUGAAGCAUUCAACAAGUACAUACUUGCUGCAAGAGAGAAGCCAGUGUUGACAAUGUUCGAAAUGAUAAGGACGCAGCUUAUGAAGAGGAUUAAUGACAAGCAGAAGUUUGGGGGAAACAUGGAGGGUGAGCUGUGCCCAAAGAUCAGAAAGAAGCUUGCUAAAAUCAUUGAUUAUGGUUGGAAGUUCACCGCAGAUCCUGGUGGUAGCCCUCAGUGGCAGGUAGAGGGCCCAGGGGGCCAGUUCGUGGUUGAUUUGGCUAACAGAACAUGCACAUGUCGAAGGUGGCAGCUUAGUGGAAUCCCAUGUUCGCACGCUACACCAUGCAUAUAUGGAAAUAAUCAACGGCCUGAAGAGUUUGUGGAUGAUUGCUACAGUGUAGCUACGUAUCAGAGGGUAUACAGCUAUGUAAUCAACCCUAUGAAUGGGCCAGACAUGUGGGAAACAGACCCUGAGCCGGCUAAUAUCAUACUCCCACCAUCCCCAGUACAUAAGAAGAAGAGGGGCAGAAUACCAACGGCCAGGAAAAAAGAGGCGGAGGAACUAGAGAAACAAAGGGUUGAAAAAGCCAAGGAAGCCGCUGCAGGUAGGGAAAAGUUGCCAAGGAAAGGAAAUAUGAGAAUGACGUGCAGUUUAUGUGGUCAAUAUGGACACAAUAAGAGGGGUUGCCUAAAGAGGAGUGGGGGUCAGUCAACUCAUGAGGUUGGUGGUCCGUCAGCUGAAAGAGUGCCUGGUGGUCAGUCUGUUGAAAGAGAGCCUGGUGGUCAGUCUGCUGAACGAGAACCUGUGCUUCAUGACUCUCCAGUCACCCUCCGCUGGAUGAUGGAUGGUACAAGUCAAGUCGUUCAUAGGUCACCGAGUAGACGUGACACCUUUCCAUUUGUGGAUCAAGCAGUUCCGGCGGAACCUCCGCUUGCUGACCAAGGCCAACCAGACCAGAACCACCCAGGUGAUGCAGAAGAGAAUGCCUUCAACAGCCAACGGAGCAGUGUUGACGAUGGAGCUCCGUCCCAACCUAUCCCGACGCAAGCUGAAAAAGGAAAAGGGAAGCGGAGAGCUAAAGAUGUUCCCUCUAGAUACAUGAACAUCCUGAGGAAGAGAUCCAAAAAAAUGUAGUGCUGGAACAUGGAUUAGUGGUAGUUAUUUUGCUAAUUAUUAUUGUGGUGCACAUAGGCAGUAUUUUGAACCAUGCUUUUGAUUGUUUUGAGCCACAAUGUUGUGGUUGUUUUAGGAAUGGAAUGUUAUGAAACUUAGGAAUGUUAUGUAAUUAAUUCUUGAAUCAGUGUACAGACAUGAAAAUUCUUAAUAUAAAAGUACUCUACUAAAGACUUCAGAAUCGAAAUUAACACCAGAAAAGUUGAGUUACAUAAAAAAACGAUCAAUAAGACAAGUUUCACAAAUGAUUUAUAAGCCUUCAGUUCCCCUAUUAUUUUCUCUAAUCCGAGCAGCUGUGAGUUCAUUCUUCAAUUCUCUAAUCUCCAUCUGCAGUCCCCUAUUUGCAGCAUACAAGUCUGUUAGCUCCAGCUCCAUCCCCUCAAUUUUGUUAGCAGCUUUAAGAAGCUCGUCCUCCACUUCAAUUGCAUCAAUUAUACUUGCUCUGUCAAUCAAAUGCUUCAGCUCGAAUACAUCUCCUCUGAGCUUUUCCCCUUCUUUCUGUAGCUCUCCAUUUGAUCUCUUCAUAGUAUACAACAUGUGCUUCAGGUGAGGAGCAUAUUCCUCGUCAUACCACAUGAAGAAGGGGCAUCGAUUCACCCGCAUCUAUACACAACAGUUGGCUUUAGAAAAUGCCAUAUAAAAAAUACAAACACAUUGAAUAAAACCCUAAUAUCCAAAUGACUCAAAUCAGAAACCCCAAAAUUACCGUUUUACAAACCCUAAUAUCCAAAUGACCCAAAUCAGAAACCCAAAAAAUUGUCGUUUUACACAAGAAGAAGAAUUUCAUACAACUAACCUUAGCAUUUGGACAUCGAAAGAAUCGCCUCCCAGGAUGCUUUUCAGUCCAACACACCAUGACCUUCGCCUCCAAUCCGCAUUUGCAUUUAGGAACAUUGCACACAGGGAAUCCAUCUACAUAAUCCUCUUCUGAAAAUCCUUCGGCCAUAAUUAGGAGAUCGACACAAGAAAGAACCCUAAAAUCGACACAAAUGGAAAGGUGUCACGUCUAUAACAGUUUAUAACAGUUUAUGUUUGUCUAUUGUUUUUUAGCAACGAUAAGGUCAACAUUUUACAUAAUCACCUAAGGUACUUAUCCUAUGUUUUAAAUAUCGUCCACGGUACUCAUUCUUUUAUUUCAGGAUCAACCAUGGUACUUCAACUUUUAAUGAACUAUCACUUAAAGUACUUAAUCUUGAUAAUUAAAACAAUAAAGGUUCGUUGGUAAUUAAAAAAGGGACAUCUGUCACACCUGACAACGAAAAGCAAAUCUGAACCCUGCAUAAAUGAAGGUGCAACACAUUAUUCAACUGAACACUCAACCCCUUUCUGAAAACCCUCGUCUCAUUUUUUUUCUUACCAGCCUUCCCAUAGAUCUCCACUCCCAAGACACAACGACAAUGGAAGGACAAGCUAAACAAGUUGUGUGCGACUGUGGAAUUCCAUGCCGUAUGCAGAUUUCCUCCACCGAACGAAAUCCAGGACGGAGAUUUUACGGCUGUUCGAAGAGAAAUAAUCAAUGCGAUUUUUUUGCGUGGGUGGAUAACGACAUGGCCUAUCAGAUGACGAUGGUCAGGAAUUUGAAAAGUGAGGUUAAUGGCAUGACUGAAGAACGCAACAAAGCUCUACUGGAACUAGUUCAUGCCCAUACUCAGGUGGCGGCUAAAACUGACGAACUGGAGCAACUUAAUGAGGCCUUCGAGGGAUUGAAGGAGUCCAUUGAGAUGUACCACGAAGAAAAUGUGCUUAUGAUCCAGGAUAGUGGUCUGCAACUUAUGGAGAUAAACACUCUGAAGAAACACGUCAAGCUGAUGGAAGUCAAGUGCUCAGACAUGGAGAGGAAAAACAAGAUCAUGAGGCUUGGUUUUUUUGUGGCAUUUACAAUUGCCGGUUGCAGUUUAUCCGUUGCUUGUUUGAAGAAAAAAUGAUGCAUUUUCUAUUAAGUGACAAUGGCUUGUGUUUGUGCAGUGUUGUUAGUAAACUGCGUUCCAAUAAUUUUUUGUAUUAUCUUAAACUCAUUUAAUUUGCUUGUUGGGAAAACUUUGUGUGAUUCAAAAAUUUAAAUUACAGUACUGUCGUUGAUUACAUAAUUUAAGUGCAGGUGCUGUCUUUCAUAAUUAAAUAUAAGUUCAGGUGCUGUCUUUCAUAAUUGGUCGAAAUGUCAAGGGCUAUAUUAGACUUCACAGAGAAAUAAACCGCCAAAAAAAUGAAAACUUAAUGGCAAAGAUUAGCAAUGGGUUUUCCAAGAAACCCUUUCAUUACACCCGUUCCAUCAGUUGUAUUGUUCCAAUGCAGCCUCUUCGUUAACCACAACCACUAACACAAAGGGCAUGUAAAGAAAUUGAAGAGUCAUGAUGGUAACUUAUUUAAAUAGGCAACCACAGCAACUGAUUCAACCAUUUCAGAUUACACAAAUUGUUCUUAUUCUCAGAAAAACCAGAAGAUGUCCGAUAAUAUUGUUGUGUCUUCACUUAAUAUGGAACUCAUGGAUUGCCCAAUAUGCUGUGAACCCUUAACAACUCCAAUUAUUCAGUGUGAAAAUGGGCAUGCAACAUGCAACUCAUGCUCGGAGAAGACUCAGAAGUGCCAUUCUUGCACCCUGCCUAUCAGAAGAAUGAGGAACCGGAUUCUUGAAGAUGUUGCUGACUCUUUGAGAGUUUGUUGCUCGUUCAAGAAUUAUGGAUGCCCAGCAACUGUGAGGUACCCCGAAAAGAGCAACCACGAAAAGUUCUGUUCUUUCAUAGAGUGCUCAUGCCCCAUUGAAGUUUGCAAUGUUAAGGGAACCUCUGAAAUGAUUUAUGCUCACUGUAAAGUGAUGCAUAAAGAUUUUGUGAAGCCGUUUGUUUUUGGUCGUAAAUUCCCUGUUUCUGUUCGGCUGAAUGAUAAUUUCUUUAUUCUCCAAGAGGAAAACACAGACAUUGUGUUUGUUCUGAACAACACAACGUGUUCUUAUGGGAAUAUUCUUACAAUCUGUUGUCUUGCACCGUCACAAGCUGGAUGCUGCCCCUAUGAAAUUGAAGUGAAUGCCAACUCAAGUCACAAGUUUCACAGUACUACCCAGAACAUUCAAGGCACCGGCAAUUACUAUCGUUCUUUUUCAGGGUUCCUUCUUGAUAGUGACCACGAAUUUUUUGCUGACGGUAUGAUCAAGAUGGAGUUUUGUGUUUAUCGCGCACCGGAGCUUGCUUAAGAGGAUGACCUGUUUAUGUAGUCUUGUUUAUGUAUUUUUUGGUUAAUUUUGGUGAAGAUGGAUAUUUUUGUUCUUGUUUUUGUUCUUGUUCAGGGUUAAUUUUGGUGAAGAUGGAUGUUAAUGUAAUUUUUUUCUAAACGUUCUGAAAUGUUUGAAUAUUUAAUGAAGUCAA